GUUGUCUACAUGCUGUUUGUUCCCUGUUCAGACAGUGAGUUUUUUUUUCUCUGGUCAUUCUGUCUUCUCUCAGUCACCAUCCUUUCUUUUUAGAGAUAUCUCUCUUUCUAGUCUCUCUAAUCUUUAUCCAUUUCUUUUUCUCUCUCCUCUCAUGCCAACGAAGCAAUAGCCAUGAAAAGCUAAACCCUUCUUCUUCUUGGUACUUUGAUUGUUUUAGAUUAUUUGUGGGGUCAAACCCAAGUUCUUCUGCUUUGUUAUAUGUUUCAUAAGUCCAGAUCUUGCUUUCUUCUGCUUUUUUUGUGGUUUUGAUCUUCUUUUGCUUGGUCUCUGGAUGACUAAUCAAAUCAAGAUCUAGUCAAUAAGAGAUGUUCUUUUGCGUGACGAGUUGAGCUUAGGAGUAGUAAAGUAUACUUCUUAUCGGAUUUUUCUAGUUUCUGAGAUCUGACUUUGCUUUAAAGCAAAUGGAAACUUGAGAAAUCUGAUCUGACUCUAGUCAGUUUGAGAAGAAUACAGCUGGCAAAAACUUGGAAGUUUUGACUUGGGAAGAUGUUUAAGCAAAUACUUGGGAAGCUUCCUAAGAAACCUUCUACUAAGUUUUGGGAUAAUGGUGAGUCCCAAGCUCCAGAUAACAACAACAACAACAACCAAGGUGGUGAUGACGUUUUAAGCCAGAGAUCAUCAUCAUCAAAUGGAGGAGACAAUCUUGAUUCUGUUUCCGUUGAGGUGUUGCCAAGAUUAAAAGAUGUGUCCAUCUCCGAGAAGCAAGACCUGUUUCUCAAGAAGCUUAGGCUAUGCUGCGCAGUGUUUGACUUCGUCGCUGAGCCUCAACGAAACCUCAAGGAGAAAGAGAUCAAAAGGCAAACACUCCUCGAAGUUGUGGACUACGUCAUCUCCUCAGGUAAUGGAAAGUUCUCUGAAUCGGUUAUUCAAGAAGCUGCGAGGAUGGUUUCGGCUAAUCUCUUUAGCAAUCCUCACCAACAACAAUGGAAGAACAAAACUCCGGAAGCAGGAGGAGACUUGGAAGAACAAGAAGAAGGAUCUUUGAACCCUUCUUGGCCUCACCUGCAGAUUGUCUACGAGUUCCUCCUGAGAAUCGUUGCAUCUCCCAACACAGACGCCAAGAUAUCCAAGAAGUACAUCGACCACACGUUCGUCCUCAAGCUGUUGGAUCUGUUCGACUCUGAAGACUCCAGAGAAAGAGAGUAUCUCAAAACAAUACUUCACAGGAUCUACGGCAGGUUCAUGGUUCAUCGUCCUUUCAUCAGGAAGACAAUGAACAACAUCUUGUAUGAUUUCAUAUUGGAGACAGGGAAACACUCUGGAAUCGCCGAGUUUCUUGAAGUGUUGGGAUCCAUCAUCAACGGGUUCGCUUUGCCUCUCAAGGAAGAACACAAGCUCUUCCUUACUAGAGUGUUGGUUCCUCUGCACAAGCUGAAAUGCUUACCUAAUUACCACCAGCAGCUUUCUUACUGCGUCAUACAGUUUGUUGAGAAAGACUGUAAGCUUGCGGAUACGGUCAUUAAAGGGCUGUUGAAGUACUGGCCUGUUACUAAUAGCUCCAAAGAAAUCAUGUUCUUGGGUGAGUUAGAGGAGAUCUUGGAAGCGACUCAGUUAACAGAGUUUGAACGUUGUAUGAUUCCUCUCUCUCGCCAAAUUGCUCAGUGCUUGAGCAGCUCUCACUUUCAGGUAGCGGAACGGGCUUUAUACUUGUGGAACAAUGAUCAUGUUAGUAACUUGGUGAGACAUAACAGCAGGAUCAUUCUGCCGAUAGUGUUUCCAGCUUUGGAGAAAAACGGUAGUAGCCACUGGAACCAGACUGUGAGGAACUUGACGGAGAAUGUUCUUAAGGUUAUGUCUGAUACGAAUCCAGAGUUAUUCGAAGAGUGUAGGCGCAAGUUUCAAGAAGAUGAGCUAAAUGCAGAGGAUAACAAGAAGAAGAAUGGAGAAACAUGGAGACAGCUAGAGGAGAUUGUUGCUUCAAAAAGAGGACACACAUCUAUGGCGAAAUGAGAGUUUCGUUUCUGCACUUUUUUACGCUAUACAAAACAAAAGAGAGAAGUGGUUUAUGUUUUGAAUUUUUUUUUUAUAAAAGCAUGAAAGGUAAAAAUACAGUUUACUUUUUGCUUGAUUGGUUCAAAGUCUAUUGUUGGUCCUCUUUCAGUUCUUGAUUUGUCUGUCUGUAUACGUAAUUGUGUUCAUGUAAACAUCUUUUUUUAAAUGAAAACACGAGUUUUCUA